CUUUAUGGGUGGAGCUCACAGUCCGGAAAUGUGUCAGAGAAAAGCUGUGAAACUGAACGUCUCGUUGUUCGCAUGAGUUUGAUGAGGCAGCUUUCACCGGACAGAGCGUCCCACAUGAGUUAAUCAUCAUGAACUCAGCCAGAAAACAGAGCAAAGGAUCUGAGCUGCAGCUGCCCGGAUGUCUGCAAGGUGCUUGAAUGUGGAUGUUAGAAACAAGCUGAAGAUGCAGGGGUCCAUUGCACGAGUGUGUGUGGUGGUGGCCGCUGCCAUAUUAAACCACCCCUUGCUUUUUCCUCAAGAGAACACCACACUCCCGGAACAGGACGAGGAGCUGAUGGCUCGCAUGCGGGAGCACGAGGAGAGGCUGGAAAUAGAGCAGGCCAGGUUGGAUAAAGAGCUUUCACAGCUGGACUCGAAUCAGGAAGAAACCAGCUCAGAGGAAGGUUAUAGUUGGUACUUUUGGAGUGCCGUGUCUUUCAUCAUAUUCUUCACUAUCGAGAUGUACAAGGGGGAUCUUGCUGACACAGAAAUCCGGCCAGUUGAGGAUGAAGACAUAUUUUCAGAGAGUGGAUCCGUCACCCCCAGCACGAUGGUACUAGAUAAGGAUGUCCUGAGAAACUUCUGUGACAAAUGCACUUACACUUCAGCCCAUGAAAACUGGAGGGUGAGGGAGUUUGUCGAGGGUUUUGCUGAUGACUUGCUGGAAUCGCUCAGGAGCGUAUGUGACAGGGAGGCAGACAUGGAAGUCGGGGACUUUGUCGGGAUUGGAAGCAUGUUCGAGUCUUGGAAGGUGUGCAAGCCUCUGAUGUGCGACCUUAUAGUGCCUUUCUCGCCUCCAGAUCCGUAUUGCUUCCAGUUCCAUCUGUGGUGCAGCCCCUCCAAUGAUAUACCGCCACACAUGCAGGGCUGCGGCAAGAUAAAGGUGACCAGGUUCGGGGAGAACGAGGAGGGCUGUCUCUGUGGCUCUGCUAACCUGGGAGAGGACUUGCUUUGUCUGUUGCACAGCAGGAAUGACACACUCAAAGCGGACCACAGUCCUGAUGAACUGCUGUGCUCCAGGAACACACCUUUCUUAGCCAAAGAUCAAGUCAUGAAGUGGUUUCAGAUCUCUGUAACCAAAGCGUGGGGACGCAUCUCUCAGAAGUACGACUUUGUGGUCACUUUUCGCAACCUGGAUGCUGCCGGUGCACUGAAGAUCCGAUUCCGUUCGGGGAAAGUCAUCGUAAUGAACAUCAUACCUGUGGUUCAGCUGGAGGAUACAGAUGCUUAUUUUGUCUCACACUUUCCAUCAGACUGUGACAGCCCUCCUGACCCUUACUGGCCCCUCUCUUUUGCUGUCUACGAAAGGAAUUUGCUGAAACAUUUCGCUAAACGCCUACCACCAAAUUCCAGUCAUUUACACUGCCUUCAGAUUGUUACUUUCCUACACAGAAAGCAGACAGGGCUCACAGGGAAAAGUGCCCUUACUAACUACCACUUAAAGACUGCUCUGUUGCACUUGUUGCUGAGUAAAAGGCCCUCUGUGUGGGGCAGAGAGAGUAUGGAGCACAGGCUUCGGGAUUUGCUCAGCUUCUUGCAGGGGAGCCUACAGGAGAAGAGACUUCAUCAUGUUCUGGUUGGGAACAGUAAAGUGCCAGAAGAAGUCCAGGUUCCUGAGAUAAUUCGCAAAGCAGAGCCCAUCAAUCUGUUCCGGUCUCUGGUGUUGCAGAGGGAGCUUUAUGCAGCAACAAUCAGGCAUUUCCAUGAGAUGUUGAGAAAUGCAUCUGUGCUCAUACAAGAGUACACACCUCACUUAUCAAAUGGAGGUUUACACCACAGCCUAAAUGGAAGUGUGUGAGCUUUGUAGUGUCGUCUGAAUUAGUUCUUACUUGUAGCACUAGCGGAUCUUAAACUAUCAUUCAGUGUUGCUGAAAAUAAUGUUACAAAUAGUUACACCAGAUACACAAAUACUGAAAUGAAAAGGUGCACAUACAACAGUUAUUUUAUUUAUGGCUGAUAUCUAGACAUGCAGUUGUUUCUGCUGAAGCUGCUUUCUUUACACUUCACGAGGUAACCAGUGUAAUAAUAUACAUUAGCAGCAUUUCAAUAGUGGGUUCUCUCAUUUGUAAAAUCUAGCAGCAGUGUGUUCUACAAGAUUUGAUAGGUAUAUUGUUUACCCAUGAAGAGUUAUUUUUAAUUCAGUCUGUAGGACUGUUUCUGAAGCUUAUACAUCAUAUUGCUUGUUUUACAGGCUUAACCUGAAGGAGAGAUUUUCAGUAGAUAUCCCUCUGCCUCUAAAAGAAGCAGCGGCCAGUAAUAUACAUGAAGGAUGAUAAUUUUACAAAUACUUUUCACCAUUCACCUAAAGAAAGACCAAGCACUUUUGUCAGAUGGGGAAACAUGCAGGUCAAAGGUCAAAAUGGGAAUCAUUUCCCAAACAGUAUAGCAGUGUUUUUGUUUUCUUUCAUACUGAUGGCAGCUAAUUUUGUAAUGUUCAAUGUUAAGUACUUUUUUUCUUUUAUUAUUGCUUAUUGUUACAUUUCCACUGUGUUCAUGUCAAAUCUUUGGUAGACCUCCAGUUUAUUAAAUGGGAACAACAUGUGUAGCUUAGGGUGGGGAAACAUAAUGUAGUUUAUUGUAACACAGACAGGAAAUUCAGAUUCAGGCCAGAGUCAUUACAUCCACAUUAUCAGAAAAAGUGCCACACUUUGAAAUGGAUCACUGAAAACACCUUGCGUUAUAUUUACUUCACUGUACCUCAUUCCCAUUAUGGUGAUUUCAUAUUUUCCCCCAAAUAAGUAUUAAAAAAAACAAUAAGUUUUAAACAAUUAAAACACCAUUACCCUCUUCUCACUGUAUCCCGUAAAUGUUAACUCAUCAUGGUAUUUGCUGCUGUAUUUUUUCCUAUUACAUCAAAGUUUGAAAAUCAGAUUGACUACAGAAUAAUCAUGACCAAAAACAAAAAAUUUAACAGUUUAAGGUUUUGAUCACUUAUAGGCCGUAGUCAUAGUUGGGUUUCCCCUCGACAUAAGUCUUGUAGAAGGCCUUGUAGGUGUCCACACUGUGCAUGGAGGCUUUGACAGCCGGGUCCUCCAACAUGCGCUCUGUCCACUUCUUCAGCUCAGGUGUGCUGUCAAGGCAGCUGAAAAGACAAAGGGAAUCAAAUCAUUCACCUAAGACCAAAUUACAACACAUGAAGAUAUGUCGCACUCAUAAAAUACGACAUAUCAGAUGUCAUGAAGGAAAGAUGACAAAGACUUGACUUAUAUGUUCCUGUGAGAGUGCCUGCUCUUUAUUAUACAGGUCUUACUUUUAUAUUGUACCUAAUUUUUGUACUUUUUGCUCCACUGUACGGUGACCUUGAGUGUUUUGAAAUGCUUCUAUAAAUAAAAUCUAUUUAUUUUUAAA